CGGUAUAAAUUCACCUCUGUCUGUGCAGUCAGCUCUUUUCUCCUCUCAAAGCUGCCGUGUUCCAGUCUGGGCUACGCAGCGAGUAGCUUCGACUUCAGCCAUGGCAGAUCAGGCCUUUGUGACGUUGGCUACCAAUGACAGCUAUGCUCGGGGUGCUUUGGUUCUGGGCAAGUCCCUUCGUAACCACCACACAUCCAAGACGUUGGUGGUCCUCAUUGGCCCACAGCUGUCAGAGCCUUGCCAAUCUGCGCUGAGGAGGAUCUACGAUGACGUGAUUUUGGUGAACGUGAUGGACAGUGGUGACACGGCUCACCUGGCCCUGAUGAAGAGGCCUGAUCUGGGYGUCACCUUAACGAAGCUCCACUGCUGGACUCUCACACAGUACUCCAAGUGUGUGUUCAUGGAUGCAGACACUCUGGUGCUUUCCAACAUAGACGAGUUGUUUGACAGAGAGGAACUGUCGGCUGCUCCUGACCCCGGCUGGCCUGACUGCUUCAACUCUGGCGUGUUUGUUUUUCGGCCUUCCGUGGAGACUUAUGGCAAACUGCUGAAGUUUUGCACAGAAAAGGGCAGCUUUGAUGGAGGAGACCAAGGUGUUUUGAAUGGCUUCUUCAGCRACUGGGCAACAGCUGACAUAUCAAAACAUCUCCCUUUCAUUUACAACCUCAGCAGCAUAGCCAUCUACACUUACCUUCCAGCAUUCAAGCAAUUUGGCGACAAUGCGAAGGUGGUCCACUUCCUCGGGGAAACCAAGCCAUGGACCUACACGUUCGACCCCCAAACAAAACAACUUUGCGGGGGAAUGCAAGAGGCCCCCACACAGCCAGCCUUCCUCCUGGACUGGUGGACCCUGUACGCCAGCGCUGUGGUGCCRAUGCUGCAGGAGCAGUAUGGAGACAAGCCUUUUGUCUCUGGAUGUUUGGAGUCCCAGGAAAGUGACACAACAGUCACUACUGAGACUGUACAGCAGGAGAGCAGCGCUUCGCAUGCACCCCUAGAACCGGAGAGGUCAUCUGUACAACGAAAGGAGCAAUGGGAGCAAGGUCAGGCCGACUACAUGGGAAUGGACUCGUUUGAUAAUAUCCAGAAAAAGCUUGACACGUUCCUCAAAUGAAAAGGGAUCGAUGCAGAAAAURAGAAGCACUUGCAGUCUAACAAAUGGUUACGUCUUUUCAAAAGUUGCUUGGUUUCAGGUUUAUUUCUUAAAUAAAAAUGAACCAAUCUCUCCCAGCAUUUCACCUGUUUUCUGAAAAAAAUGCAUUAAAAUGACAGACAAAUUCUAUCAUUGCUGGUCAUUUAGUUCGCCUUGAUUCUCUGAAGAAAAGGGCAAGUUUACGUCACUUUUUUUUUUUUUUCCCCAGAGUUGUUAAAAUCUUCAGUUUUUUUUUUCAUGUUGAUGCUCUUGAGUUUUUUUUUUUUUUUUUUGCAGUCACUUGUGUACUUAUUUUUUGUACUGCAGUUUUAUUAAUGCAUUUUUUUCUGAACUUAAGCUUUGUUUUUGAAAAGUUGAAAAAAUGUUUACAGUACUGUUUGAGACUCAUUUAGUCAAACAAGCUCUAGAACUUUAGUGCCUUAAGAGUUUUGCUCUGCACUGCUACCAUCCUGUUUACAAUCAGCUGCUUUCCUGUAGGUGAUUGGGUAGAAUUUUUCAAUUUUAACUGACCAGAUUGUUGGCUGAUAUUCACGUGGAAAUAAAACUAUUAAAUGUGC